AAUAUGAACAAGCACAGCUUCCUUAAGAACGAUAAGCUCACCGAAGAAGGCAAGAUCGCAUGAUCUGUACUUCAAAUAGACCCGAUUCUGCUUCAAGUCAAGACCAAAGACUCCUUCAAGACUGAAGGAGUCUCUGAUAAGGUAGCAGAGACUCGACACUACCAUUAUGAAAUGAAACGGAAACAGCUUCUAGAAGAGAUACAUGAAUACCUAAAGGAUGUCUCUUCAAGAGGCAGCAACAAAGCUUUCAUGCGGAGCAAAUUUGUAGACCAUGAAAUCAAAAAGGCACGAAUCUCCAGCCAAGGCAAUUCACCUUACCACUCACGUACUAAGCCUGAUAUUCCGUUAAGAGUGCCUCUUGACGAGGAAGCACGCAAGAAGCGUGAAAUGGCUAAGGACAUCCUAGGCCAAGAGCUUAAUAAGUUAGUAACCCAAAACAAAAUGGGCCAUACCACAAAUCUCAACCGCACUACCAAAUUAUCUUCGCCCAAGCACAUUCCCCGCAUCCCCAAGCGUAAUGAAAAGGAGCUCCAAAAACAAAAGGAUAAACGAGACCAGGCUAAAUUCCGUGCUGAGGAAGAAACCCGCAAGCGUGAAAGCAUCAUUUACAAAUAAUUUCAAGAAGAAGGAGAAGCGCCGUACAGAAUCCAUGCAGAAAAAGAUAAAUGACACGAUCAAGCAGCAGAAAAGAAUUUAUGAGAAUGACCAGAAGCAUUACCAGGAGAUACAGAGUAUGUCCAUGACAAGGAAAAUGGAAGAGGACAAGAAGGUGCAGAUUGAGCUGGAGAAAUUUGAUAAAUAAAAUGAAGAAGUUUGAACUCAACAGACAGAGAUAUCAACAAGAGCAGGCGAGAAGUAAGGAGCGGAGGAACCUGAUGUCGCCAAGCUCGAACCUCGGAUCGGCAACCCAGCAGACAACUAAAGGUAGGCAUAAGAUAGAGCAGCUUAGCGAGGAUGAGAUUAAUUUCAGACUCAGGCUUGAGAAGACUUUUAAAAAUCAACUUGAGCAUAAGGAGAAGCGAGAAAAACACCUUCUUAACAUGAGAAGAAUGCAUCAAGCCAAACUUGCAAAAGACAAUGAGAGGUUUAAUAUGAAUAUUAGACAAAGAGACCUUGACUUGCAGCAUAAGAACAAGCUAUUGAUGAAAAGAAUCAAAGAGAAAGCCAAAAUAGGUUCUCAUAAACAUCAGGAUGAUGAAUACGAAGUUAAACGGGAGAACGUAAGGCUUCGCAGAGAGAACCAGAUGAUUAACUAUAAGAGAGAAAUGGCACUAGAGAACAACUAUAAAGCUCAGCUGAUCGACCAACUGUUAGAGAAGAAGGAAAGAGCUGCUAAAGCAAGGGAAAGAAGCAAAACUGCAGGCAUCCCGAAUUCGCUCAACCUAAGUGGGAUUUAAUUUUAAAGGAUUGAUUUCAAAAUA